GUUAGCCCCCACAGCCCUUGGCUUCGUAUAUAUCCUUAUAAAAUACCUGUAUUUGAAAAGGGUAAAUAUCCGGAGUUAUACAGUACGAAGCACUUGGCAAGGAUACAUCUUUCCAGAGAAACUUCAAGAAAGCUAUUGACCAGCGGGGCAACGGAAUUGCGUGCUGCUAUACGGUCAGUCAUACGGACUUUGUAUUUCGUUAUUGUUUUUUAUCACCUGAUUCGCCUGGAUGAGUGAAAAAAGUUUAGCCGAAGAAACUCAAGAAUCUGGAGAAAGUGAUUUGCCCAAAGGAGAAGCAUUUGGAGCUGAAUGUGUAGAAAUUUAUUCUAAAAGUGUUAGGGAAAAUAAUCGAAUUAGGAAUUCAAUUGAUAGGAUCAGUGCAUUGCCGGAUUGCUUACUUGUUCACAUCAUAUCUUUUCUGGGUUUGAAGAAAGCUGCUACUACAAGUAUUUUGGCCAAAAGAUGGCAGUUUCUUUGGGCUGAAAUACGGAGCCUUGAAUUUGAUUUCUACGAUUGGGGUAAAAGUAAGGAAACCAAGAAUACAGCUGACUUCGUGGCUUGGGUUAAUAGGAUCAUUGCUACUCGUCGUGGAAAUUAUCUUGAGAAGUUGAAGGUUUCUUUCGAGUACGAGGAUUGCUUUGCUACAGAUGUUGAUAACUGGCUGGAGUUUGCCAUAAAAAAUAAGGUGGAAGAAUUCACUUUGAGAACUAACUACAGCAAAGAUUUAUACAUUCUCCCUGAAAUGAUGUAUUGUAAUCUAUCCUUGACAUCAUUGUCUUUGGAAGGUUGCAUUUUGGAUCCUGAAAGAACAAUUGUGUGGUCAUCUUUGACUAAAUUAGAAUUAUCAAGAGUGGAUUUGCCUGAGUAUGUAGUUGAAAAGAUAUUAUCAGGUUCUCCUGUUUUGAAUUCCUUGGAGCUGAGUAUGUGCUGGGGAUUCACUUGUUUGGAGAUCAACUCUAAAAAUCUCAAUAAGCUGGUGGUGUCAGAAUCUGAAGAGGAAGAAGGAAGUGAACCUUUCUUGCAAAUUUCAGCACCCUAUUUAAAAGAUUUGAAUCUUUGGUUGUGUCCUACACAAAGUCAGUUAAAGCUCAAAAACAUUUCAUCCCUUGUUAGUGCGAGUUUUAAUUAUUCCGAUCCAUUCGGGCAUUUGACCUCUGAGGAUGUGAGUAAUACGAAGGAAGUAUUUGAAAAGAUUGAGCAUGUCAAGGAGCUUCAUUUGGGGCCUGGACCCGUUAAGGCUCUAGCUGCGCUGGUACUUAAUGGUUGGCGGCUUCCAAAAUAUAAGCUAAGGUGCUUGAAAAUAGAAUUGUUUUGUAGUGCUUUAGAAACCAUACCUGGCAUUUUGGGUCUGCUGGAAUGUUCUCCAGACAUUGAGACAUUGGUCAUAGCUUGUGAGGACCCCUUUGCAUUGGACGAUAUCUGGGGCCCACUUGCAAAGGAUAAUUUGGUUUGCGACUUAUUGCACUUGAAGACGAUCAAAUUGAUUGGCUUGGGAGUUCCAGAUCUUGAUGGUGAACCAUUGCUCACAUUGGCCCAAAUCCUUCUUAAGAGGACACCGGUAUUGGAAGAUAUGGACAUAGAUAUUGAUUGUGAAGAUUCAGAUGACUUCGACACGGUAGAACAAACCUUGCUCAGAUAUCCUAGAUCCUCACCAAAGGCUGUCAUCAAUGUAGUAGAUGAGUUUGAUUUCUCUACUUUGUAAACCAUUUAGUAUUCUCUUCCUGUUUUUUUUUUCUAUUUUGCCUAACUUGCUACUAAUGGGAUGUUUUUUGGUCAAAUGAAAAAAAGAAAUUUGACAACCGCUAUUCCGUGAACCAGACUCGGAAUUAAUCACCAGGGGC